AUGGGAAUGUCUCAUUCUAUACUAUUCAAUGCUUCGUCAAUGACGAAGCAACUCCCACAACUGUACAAAUCAAAGCAACUCAAUGCAGAACUCGCAUCCAUCCAAUCCGACAAGGAUGAUCUUGAUGGAUACGACUCGGAUUUUUCCGAAGACGAGCUCGAAGAUCCCGAAUGGAAUGAACGCCUUGCCAUUUUGGAAGACGCUUCCAAUCUCGCAAAAAUGGCGGACUUCUUUCUCAACCCUCACAAGGCAGUGGUGACCACCGAUCCCUAUGUCUGUGGACGCAACUAUUUCUCGCGACCUUCUGCGCUCCCACAACAAUCGCAAGAAGAGGAAGCUGAGCGAGAGUUGAUCAUGAACGAAAUGAAGCAACUUAAACAACUUGCGAUGGACUACCUACAUCCAGAACGUCCAGUUGUCACUACCGAUCCCUUUGCCUGUGGUCGCAACUACUUUACUCGUCCAUCGGCACCACUUCCAGAAGAUGAAGAGAUUGCAGCGGAACGUGAUCUCGUUUUGAAGGAGGCAAGACAACUCAAGAAGCUGGCUGUAGACUACCUACAUCCAGAACGUCCAGUUGUCACUACCGAUCCCUUUGCCUGUGGUCGCAACUACUUUACUCGUCCAUCGGCGCCACUUCCAGAAGAUGAAGAGAUUGCAGCGGAGCGAGAUCUCAUUUUGAAGGAGGCAAGACAACUCAAGAAGCUGGCUGUAGACUACCUACAUCCAGAACGUCCAGUUGUCACUACCGAUCCCUUUGCCUGUGGUCGCAACUACUUUACUCGUCCAUCGGCACCACUUCCAGAAGAUGAAGAGAUUGCAGCGGAACGUGAUCUCGUUU